AUGACGGCUACACCAGAUAUUGAUAUAGCAAUCAAUAAUGACCCUGAAGAGAAUGACAUUCGCGAAGGACUUGGGAGUCUUAAUCGCUGGUCUCAGUCGACAACAUCUAGCAGGAAUUCGCAUAAAGCGUUCUUCACAAACAAUGAGUUGUGGGGCGAUCAAAUGAGUCCAAGCAGCAAAGUGGGGUCGAAUCCUUCACGAACAUCAUUCGCACCUGCAGAUCAUGAAACUUCUUGUGGAUACCGUUCUCUCCGAGAAUCUGUACAUCAAGAUCUCAGUGAACAUUUGGCGUUGACCGCAAAUGAGGUAGUUUCAUUCACCUCGGGCGCUAUAAAUGCAACCUCGCCGCAAAAGGAUGCACAAGUGCCGCGAACUACUCAGCCUCUUCCUAGUCUGUUCCAGAACCCGUGGACUGAGAGACGCAGUCAAUACGUUGAGAAGGGGAGGUUGGAGCGCGAAGAUCAUUGCACUCACCCUAUGUCUGAAUCAGACAGUCCUCGCACUCAAGGCUUAGACAUGCCUGUUCAUACAGAUUCAGAAUUGUCUCUUAUGAAAGGGAAGGCCUACGAACGAAGAAAACGUGGUCAGUCCCAGAAAGUCAUGCUUUCGAAAGCGCUGCAGAAAGCAAACACUGCCGUCCUACUUGACAACGCUGCAAAUUUUGAAGGAGCGAUGGAAGCGUACAACGAUGCUUGUCAUUUACUUCAGUUGGUAAUGGAUCGAAGUGAUGGGGGUGAAGACGAGAAGCUAAAACUUCAAGAAAUACGCGAUACCUAUAUGAUUCGUGUAAACGAGCUCCAACGUAUGGACUUUUCAGUCCGAAACGUGGAUAGUAAAGCCCUUCCUGAGCGGCCCCGCAGUGAAGAGUCUUAUGUGGAAUAUUCGUCAAUGCAGGAGAACAGACAUACAUCAUUCAAAGAGGAGGACCUGAACCGCUCACAGCACGGUUCCGAUGUGCAUUUGGUCCUUGAAAUGAAAGAAACGAUGCCAUACAGUCAACCCUCUCCGCGGCAGCUACUGCUUCUGCCAUCUGCAAUUGAUGAUGAUGCUGAUGAUGCUGCUGCUGCUGAUGAUAAAAUGGUUACUACUUCUGACCAUGACUGGAUAAAUCAGGCAUUGGAACUAAAGGAAAAAAUGUCCCAGGCAGCUUCUCGGCGAUCUGACGAGCACAUUAGAGGCUCGAUUACUUACAAUGAGCCUACACCAGAAGCUGGUGUAGGCCAACAAUCUGUUGAACCGCCGCUAUCUGAGAUGCCUCUGUUUGAUACUCAAGGUAAGGGUGUUCACGAAACAACAUCAUGGCUCGAUACUAUCGACGAGUCUGGUGCUUCUUCGCCCGCUUCUAUCCGUUCAACUUCGUCGUCUCUCUACCUACGUCGCAGAACAGGUCAUCAAUCAAUCUAUGGUACUGAGGCUGAAUUUGAUGCUGCCCUGGAUGCAGCCGUCGAAGCCGCCUAUUAUGAGGAUUUGCAGCUGUUAACUAGUUCAACUGACUAUCGCAUGGCCCAAAGCUGGCGGAAAACUGUCGACUCAGGGAAUCAACAGGUCAGAGAAUCUGCAACGGAGAGUGGGGAGAUCCCUGAAAUCCAGGAAUCGCUUCUAACCUAUAACGAGGCACCUCUGGACAGUUUUGCUGGUCCUGCAAAGGGGUAUGUGGAUGAUGAAGUCGAGGAAGAGGAGCGCUUACUAGAGGAAAUGACGAGAGGCUAUAUCAUGGAUGAAUUCGAAUUCGGUGUUCAGUCUAAGUCCGCCCUGCCUCGGCAGCCAGUUUCAAGCAGCCAACUCGGCCGAUCACGAGAGAGCAUUGGGUUAGCUCCUAAUCAUGGAGCUGUGGACUUGAAUUCAUAUACCUCACACCAAGCUACAGGAUCUGAGCCCAACAAUUUCACUCAGCCAGAACACAGCCUCGUAGCUUCGAUCACCAAGCCCACAUCUGGUUCCUCGGUAGGAUCAAGUGUUCGGGCACGAAGGCUGUCAGGCCAGCAUACUACCGAGCUGAAGAUCGAGACAAAGCCCCACUUCGACGCUCGCUUGAAAAUCACAUCGAUACAGCCGCCAGAUCCAUUUGUCCCUCCCACAGAAACGGCUUCCAAAGAUGAGCAAUUGCUGAGAAAUAGUAACUCGUCGCAGAAAACACCAGGUUCAGCUUCUGGCUUCCGAUCAAUCAUACAAGCCAAAAGGCGCAAUGUGUCAGUCAGUUCUUUCACUGAGGACAUGCUGGCACAUGCAACUGCUGGAAAGACUCAAGACAGCGGCAAUCCCUGGCAUGCGAAACUUCCUUCCCCGACUCGACCAAUCGGUAAGGUGCCAUCGGCACCAGACAGUCUGGGAAAAUCAUAUACUGGGCUGGGCCCUUUCCGGACGCGAAAAUUAUCAGCAUCGGGGACAGAAAUUCCCUCCGAGUCACCCAAAACUCCAUCAAACAAUGCUUUUCUUGUGUCAGAAGCCCAGAAAGGGCCGAUGACUGCGUCUAUACCCAUACUGCCUACACCAACCGGGACUAGCAUUGCUGCAAAUGGGCCACCGAGCGGUGGUCUUAAUUUGUUUGACACAAACAUCCAUUCUCCAACAAGUCCCGGCUCACCCAAUGUGAUGGCGACUGAUCCUCCACUUCCUUUGGAGCCAUGCCCUGAAUCGUUUCUUCUACGGCCAUUCUGGCUCAUGCGUUGCAUCUAUCAGACUAUGGCACAUCCACGUGGUGGCUACCUAUCCACAAAGCUUUUCGUCCCACGGGAUGUCUGGCGCGUGAAAAAUGUCAAAAUUAAAGCUAUUGAGGAAAAAGUAUCAAGUUGCGAUUUGUUGACGGCUGCCUUACUGAAACUGGCCCAAGUUGAUACUUAUGAUGCCGACGCUGUUCUAGAGGAAAUGCAGUCACUGGAAAGUGUACUUGACCAGGUGCAGAUGUUACUCUCAAAGAAAGUUGGAAGUGAAGUCGGUGUUCAAGGAGCUAUGGCUUUUCUAAGGUCUAGCUUGUCCUAUGACGAUGCGACGAAUGUUGAUAAUCUGGUCUCGAAGCCGUCUACUGGCCCCAGCAAGUCCUAUCUGACAUCGUGGCGCAAACUACGUUCUAAAAACUCCGGCUUUGCUGUGGCGUCUUCGGCGUCCGCGUCGAAAGAGUCAAGCAGGGACUUCUCUACUAGUAAUACCGUCCCGAUGACUUCAGUGCCUGCUUCUCAACACGCCAAGCGCAACAUCUCACAACUACAGCUCAACGGAGCCAGUAACUACAUGGGAGCUCUGGCCCGGCUUUGUGAUGCCGUUCAGGUUUUAGAUCAAAUCGCCCAGCAGGUCGAAGAUCCUGGUCUGAAGCAUUCGUCUCCGACUCUUGUUGGUCUUGAGUUAAGCACCCGUCAUGCUGCAGAGUUCUUUGGUUUCUACAUCUGUCGCUUUGCCUUGAAUGAUAUCGGAUUGAUGCUUGAUAAAUUUAUCAAGAGAGGCAGUGAAUGGGUUAUGAUCUGA